ACUUGGCAGUGCGCUCGCGGUGGUGAAAGGCACCAUGUCGUCUCCCACGGUGACCGGCUCGCGGACCAACAUGAGAGCGUUCACGCAAAUAUUCAUUAUCAGUGCCCUUAUUCUGUGCGCUAAUUCUCAAAAGGACAAAGACAAGGAAGCGGAGGAGUUCGUUUGUCCCUAUGGUGUUACCGGCAACGGAAAUUUCGCAGAUCCGGCCACCUGCAGGCGAUUCUAUCAAUGUGUGGACGGCUACCCGUAUUUGAACAGAUGUCCCUCUGGGCUGUACUUUGAUGACAUAAGCAAGUUUUGUACCUUCAAGGCCGAAGCCAGAUGUGGUCCGAUUGCGUCAACACCAGCCCCGUCAACGGAGGCGCCCACCGACUUGGCGGAGCGGUGCGAUCCGGCGGAGUGUCAGCUGCCAUACUGCUUCUGCUCCAAGGAUGGCACCACCAUACCCGGCGGACUUGAUCCUGAGGAUACUCCCCAAAUGAUUGUACUUACGUUUGAUGGUGCGGUUAAUUUGAAUAAUUUCGAAUUAUACAAGAAAGUUUUUAAUGGCAAAAUACGCAAUCCGAACGGCUGCCCCAUCCGGGGAACUUUCUUCUUAUCUCAUGAAUAUAGCAACUACGCGAUGGUGCAGGCUCUCGCUCAUGAUGGACACGAGAUGGCGACAGGGACGAUCUCACAGCAGCAGGGGCUGCAGGACAAAGGCUACGAGGAGUGGGUGGGGGAGAUGAUCGGCAUGCGGGAGAUACUGAGGAGGUUCGCCAACAUCUCGCGCUCGGAGAUCGUGGGCACGCGCGCGCCCUUCCUCAAGCCCGGCAGGAACACGCAGUUUAAGGUGUUGGAAGACUUCGGGUACAUCUACGACAGCUCUGUGGGCGUGCCGCCGCUGCCGAUCCCCGUGUGGCCCUACACCCUCGACUACAAGAUCCCGCACGAGUGCAAGUCGGGCACCUGUCCGACCAAAUCCUUCCCAGGUUUGUGGGAGGUGCCGUUCAACGCUCACUAUGUGGAGUCCUACGAGGGCGGCCACUGCCCAUACCUCGACCAGUGCGUGCUGCACAAUCAUGACUCCGAUGAUGUACUAGAAUGGCUUCAGGAGGACUUCAAUCGUUACUAUGAGCAGAACCGCGCGCCGUACAUGAUGCCCUUCCACACCAACUGGUUCCAGAUCAAGGCGCUGGAGCGCGGCCUACACAAGUUCCUUAACUGGGCGGCUACCUUGAAGGACGUAUGGUUCGUGACCAUAACGCAGGAACUAACUUGGAUGACGGACCCGCGAUCCGCGAAAUCACUCAACAACUAUGACGCGUGGCGUUGCGACAAGCGUGACCUGCCGCCACCGCCCUGCAACCUGUCCAACAAGUGCGCGCUCGCCUUCAAGCCGCCCGAUCACAACAUCACCGACACGCGGUACAUGGAGACCUGCAGCGAGUGCCCGAAGCAGUACCCGUGGUUGGGAGACUCCGGUGGAACGGGCAUUCCCGGAACCGACAAUUAUAUACCUGAUAAUUUAAAGAGGAAGUAAUUUAUACUAGGGUAUGCUAAAGUUAUUCUCAGUGUUGUUAUUAGGUUGUCGAGCUUCUCGAAAGAUCGUACCUCCGUAGUUCAUCAUUUAGUUUUUCAGUUCCACGUUUAGGCUUCCCAACUUUAGAUUCACAGUACAAAUUAUAUUUCAAAUGAAGUAUUUUCUUUAUAGAAUAAAAAUGUAUAGACCUAAAAUUAAAGUAAUCAUCUAAUCCAAAAAUUACUGACGCCUACCUAGCGCGCGUUUGUGCGCCGCAGAGCCUUAUGUAAACGUUUUCUAUUUUCCCAGCGUUUACUAUUUGAAAUCGGUUUAAUGGAUUUUAAAAUUUAUCAGAUUAUGUUAACCGUUGGAACUUUGUGACAAAUUCUUCUGGUGAAUUCUACCAACCGGACUUUAAUCCGGUAAAUUUAAUAACCGUAGUUUACUAAUCAAGAGACCGAUACCCCGAGGCGAGGACUCUCCGAUAUGAAAUUUAAAUUUAUCUAUAAAAUUUUGCUGAGGUACCUCGUAAUUUCAUAUAUUCCCCUAGAGAUUAUUUUGUGACUAUUGAAAUAUUUCAGUUCAGUCGUUCCUUAAUUAAAAUUGAAAUGUUCAAUACGGAGUUUCGUGCCGGGAAAUUUUCCAUUUUUCGGCCACGUUUGGAUAUGAAUAUUAUUAUAUUCAAUCUUCAUCAUAUUCCACUUAAUGAAUUUUAUUAUGGUGUCUCGCAGAAAUAUCUCAGAAUUUAUUUUUGUUUCAUUAUAAUAUCCGCUCGCCGAUCCGGAGUGCCGAAAUAAUUAAUCCGGCAAAUAUGUAUAAUAUGUAUUUGUGAACUAUGGCACUUAAUAUGUUCUUAUAUUAUCUAUAGCAAUAUUUGGACUUUGCACUAUACUAUACCUAAUAUUUUAAAACUAAACUGUUAAUAUCCUUGCCACUCACUUAUUACUGAUAACAGUCAUGUCAUAUUUUGUACAAUAAUUGAAACUUAAAAUUGAAUUCAAAUAGGUAUUAUAUAGAUACGAAAUAUAUUAUAAUUAGUUCUGUACAUUCUGUACACAAAGAUAAUGACAAUAACUAAGUAAGUUAAGACGAUGAGCCUAGCAUAAUAUCUUAUGCCUAGGCAAGGUUGCUCAAGUAAUCUAGGUGCUAUUUAAAUUAAUAUUACAGUUACACGCAGAAGUUAACAGAAACAACUGCGUUAGAUUAUUUAAAUAUUGUAGAAAAUGCCUAGUCGCCUUACAUGUUUGUCAUUAUUAUUAAAUAAAAGUAUCCAUUAUAAACUU